GACCGGAACAGGAUAGUUUAUUUACAUUUACAAUGAACAACACAAUUACAAUAAACAACAGAAUUAUUUUUAAUAUUAAUUAGUAUUAAUUUAUCUCUCUCUCUCUAGGCUGUUAUAUAGUUGCAGCAAACCCCUCUCUCCUCAGAGCUGCUUCCCACUUCUUCCUCAACCCAUAGUCUUUGGGAAACCUAGAAAAGAAAAAAAAGGAGACAGAGACGUAAAUAAGUAUGUACACAACUAGGGCUGCACGAUUAAUCGACAUAACUACUGCGGUAACCUAACCUCACGAGGGUGAGGGGUUUUUUUGUUUGUUUUUUUUAAAUCCCUAUUUGACUGACAGACCUAUUUGCCAAUCAAAAACGUUGAGUCUCGUGAUCCUCCUGGCCUUUGGCCAAUCAGAAAUGGCAACAGGAAGCAAGUGCGUAUGCACUGCACUACCGCAGCUAGCUUUAGCCAGUAGCCAAUAACAAACCCGCACGUGUACUUUACGAUGCCGUGAGGAGCAAAAAGUUUUCAUUGUGACACAUUAACGCCGUAAAAAUGGCUGAAGGAACGUCUUCAGUAACAGAAGAGGGUGCGGAGCAGUUGGUAUCUAAAAAGAACUCUAUUUCAGUUGUUUGGACUUACUUAGGAUUUGAGAAAAACAAUGUGGAGCAAAAGCGAGCCAAAUGCAAAAUAUGUCGUCGUGCAGUAGCCAGAUCCAGAGGAAACAUGUCUAAUUUGUACCAACACUUGAGGAAUCACCACCGACAGCAGUAUGAUGCAUGUAUGAAAAGUGUGGACGAAGAACAGACGGGGGCUAGUACUAGCCAAGGAAAAAGUAAGCAAACAUCCAUCCAAAUAGCAUUCGCUUCUGUUACACCAUAUGAAAAGUCCUCAAGAAGACAUGCUGAAAUUACAACGGCUAUUACACGUUAUAUUGCCAAGGAGAUGAUUCCCUUAAGUACUGUUUCAGGGGAAGGCUUUCAAAGCAUGAUCCACACUUUGGACAGAUGCUACACAAUUCCAUCCCGAAUUUAUUUUAGUCAAGUGGCAGUCCCCCAGAUGUACGCUGAAUGCAGGGGAAAGGUGGAAGCUGAACUCAGAAACACUGAAUAUUUUGCUACAACUACUGAUUUGUGGUCAAGCAGGACCACGGAGCCAUACAUCAGCCUUACACUGCACUUUAUUGACCACGAGUUUAACCUGAAAAGCCGCUGUCUGACGACAUCAUACUUCCCAGAGGAGCACACAGGAGAAAACAUAGCAAACGCAAUAAAAGAGAUGCUGAUGAGUUGAGGAUUGUGCGACAGGAAUCAGACGUGCAUAACCACUGACAAUGCUGCAAACGUCAUUAAAGCCGUGGAGCUCAACGAAUGGAUGAGGCUGCAAUGUUUUGGACACAGGCUCCACUUGGCUAUUGAAAAUGCUGUAAAAAAUGAAUCACGGGUCACACGAGCUACGAAGCUUUGCAAAGAACUGGUGGGACAUUUUUCUCACAGCUGGAAAAAGAAGACAAAAUUGACAGACGCCCAGAAAGAACUCAACCUACCUGAGCACACACUGAUCACUGAGUGCCAAACCAGGUGGGGUUCAAGACAAAAGAUGGUAGACCGAGUUUUAGAACAAAACAAAGCAUUGAACCAAGUACUAUCAGAAGACAGAAAAACAAGACACCUGGUACCUACAUGGCAGGACAUAAAGGUGCUUGAAUCCAUAAACAGUGCCCUCAAACCUCUCCAAGAGUUUACAGACAUCCUAUCGGGGGAAGAGUACGUCAGUGUUUCAUACCUCAAACCUGUCCUCCAUUUGUUAAAAAGCACAACUCUGGCAGCCAAAGAAGAAGACACUGACUUGACCAAAACCAUUAAGUCAAAAAUCAUAGCCUAUUUGGAGAAACACUACAGUGACCCAGCCACACGGGAGCUGCUGGAUGUCGCAUCCCUUCUGAAUCCCAGAUUUAAAAAAGAUUACAUCACCAGUCCAGAGAAUGUGACGCAUAUUAAGGAACGAGUGAGGGCAGAGAUGGAGGAGGUUGUGCAAACGGAGAGAAGACCUCAAGUCAGCAGCGACACAGGAGCAAUGGAGAAGAAGGGCUUGCGCUCACUGGGCAGUCUCCUAACCAAACAGACACUCUCCGUUGUUGUGCAGGUGGAGGAUAUCAUUGAAGCAGAACUUAACAGCUAUUUGAUGGCUCCAGUUAUUGCUGAAGAAAGCGACCCCUUGGCUUGGUGGAAAAUUCACAGUGUGAAUACUAAGCAGACUGGCCAAGCUCCCACAGUCUUAUGUCUGUGAGAAUGAGAAGACUGUUGUUGACCAUCAGCCCCAUGUCCAGGAGACAAAACUCCAUGGUGGACCAUGAGGACCCAGAGCCUCUACGGAUUAAAGACCAGCAGGAGAAACUCUGCACCAGUCAGGACCAAUCAAACCCAGAGAUUUCUCAAAUUAAAAUGGAACAGGAAGAAUUGUGCACCAGUCUGGACCAAUUAAA